AUGAUACAGGACUUUUCACCAAAAGAACUGAAAUUAAUUAUCCCGAAUAAAACGUAUGAAAAAUGUAUAGAUACACGUCCCGAUAUCAAAGAAAUUAUUGAUGAAGAAUAUGAUCAAACAUAUAAUUUUGAAACUGUUUCCCCAAGUACAAAAAAAUAUGUGUCACAAUUGACACAACUACCAAGCCCAAUAAAAACCAAACAAAGUACAAAAUAUGAAAAACUUUUAGAAACAGUCAUGAAACAAAAAAAACUAUUGGCACAGAAGUGUCUUAAAAUAUCACGUCUGAUUAAACAAAAUGCAAAUUCCAAAAAAGAAAAAAGUUGGAUCCAAGUACUUUGA